GCAGUGCCCGUCAGAGCCCUGGGAUCCAAAGUCCUGUGAUAACCGAGCAGAAGAGACCCAUAUUUCUUGCACUGGGAAAAAAGCAAAACCAACUCAGACCCUGUUUGCCGAAUGCCCAAACUCUCCAAGCUGCACAGACCAGGAGAAGUUACGUGUCGUGGGAGGAGAGGACGGAUGCUCGGGGAGAGUGGAGGUUUGGUACCGUGGCUCCUGGGGAACAGUUUGUGAUGACUCCUGGGACAUGGCAGAUGGUAACGUUGUGUGUAAACAGCUGGGCUGUGGAUCUGCUGUAUCUGCCCCGGGCGAGGCUGCGUUUGGCGAGGGGACUGGUCCCAUCUUGGUGGAGACGCUGAAUUGCAGAGGGACAGAGUCAUCUCUCUGGGACUGUUGUUCCAAGCCCUGGGGUGAGAGUAACUGUGACCAUAAGGAAGAUGCUGCCGUGAAUUGCUCAGGUCUGACAGAGAGGACAGAUUCUCCGAAUACCCCAGGUCUGACAGAGAGGACAGAUUCUCCGAAUACCCCAGUUCCCUCACGCCGUCCUCCGACUGACAGUGGGAGAGUCACGGUGCCUGGGAUUGUCUGCAUUAUCCUGGGAGCCCUGCUUUGCCUGGUCUUAAUCAUCCUGGGGGCGCAGGUGCGAAGUGCCAGGGCACAGCACAGAG